GAACUCUUUCACAAGGAGCUCUACUGCUACUGGACGCUGGAUGAUGAGGUCCCGGGUUCCAUUCCUUAGGUCCAGUAGGACGAAUUUAGGAAAUGAACUUUUCUAAGUUGGUUCAGGUCUAAGUGUUCUGGGUUAUGCCCAAGAGUGAAUUCCGUUGUUCUCGUACUCAUAAUACAGGGAAUUCCAUAAUUAGGAAUUUCCUAGACCAGGUAAUUGGUGUGGUUGUCUGCCACAUUAUUACGUAAUUAUUAAUAUUGCUAUUGAUUUGUUUGAUUUGUUGCUGGGAACAUUGGAGAGUAUCGUUUUCACAAAACAACGUAUACAGUGGUCGGAUGGAGUGAAUGAUCGCUAUUGACAUAAUAAAUGGCACUUAGUGUAGAGUGAUCGCAAAAGUAACGAAGCACAUGACAAAAUUGUUUGGCUUGCGAUGGGAGCUGAGAAAUGGACAUAUCCUAGCUGAGGACCGUGGAGCUGUAAUUGUGUCCAACCACCAGUCGUCACUCGAUAUAUUCGGAAUGUUUGAUAUAUGGGAAGUAGCACAAAAAUUAUCUGUGAUAGCGAAGAAGCAGUUAUUCUACGUAUGGCCUUUUGGAUUAUCUGCCUACUUAUCUGGAACAGUUUUUAUCGACAGAAACAAUCCGAAGAGUGCUUAUAAGCAAAUUCAGGUGAUGUCCGAUGUUUUGGUUAAGAAUAAGACUAAAUUAUGGAUAUUCCCUGAGGGUACGAGGAACAAGGACUGUACAAAACUGAUGCCGUUUAAGAGGGGAGCUUUCAAAAUCGCUGUGAACGUUCAAGUGCCCAUUAUCCCAGUAGUAUUUUCUCCCUAUUACUUCAUUAAUUCUAAGAAGUACUUAUUUAAUAAAGGGCAUGUUAUUAUUAAGUUCCUAGACCCUGUGCCAACAGACGGUCUUACAGAGGAAGACAUUCCAAAUCUGAUGAAUCGCAUCUUCGAAGUAAUGCAGACGGAAUACAAAAAGCUAUCGAAAGAAGUUAUUGAAGCUUUACCGCGCGACUACCCCCUCGCCGUACCGUUACCGCAAACCGAUUCGUAGGUACCUACUUUAGGUACUUGUAAUAGGACAUAAAGUAUCUGUUACACAUUUUGUUUUAUUUGAUAAGAUAAUCUAUUUAUUACUCACAAGUAUUUUAAUAAAUUUUAUUAAAUAGAUCA